CACUCCUAAAGCAGCGUUGGUGUCUCUCGGAAGCUCUCGGGAAAUUAGGGUAAUUUCACCACCUUCUUUAGGUUUUAGUUAGAAUAACUCUUCUGACAUUGGUUGGAGCUCUAAAAGUUGGAUUUUUGGCUGAAAUUCUCCUUUGCUGUAGCCAAGCUUUUCUUUUUCUUCUUUGUUUCAUUGGUCUGUCAACUCGGUGGAAGAAUUUCGAACGUUUUGUCUUGUCCAGUCGUGUAUUCAGGGGGUGUGUACUGAAUGUGAUGUGAAUCGAUAAUAAGGGUUCCUAUAUCAUCGUUUGCUGAAGAGAAAUGUUUCCGAUGUGUAAACUUCUCUUUCACUUGUUUUGCUUGCUAUCUUUACCUCUUAAUUUAACAUUCGGCCCGCUUUAUUGGAAUGCAUCAUAUGUUUAAGCCUGACGAAACAAAACUGGAGCUUUAGCCUUUAUGUUUUUUAUGAGCUUCAAAGUGCAUUGACAAUAGAAAUGCUCAAUUCUUAGGCAUUUUGACUUCCAGAUUUUAGUAUGUUUUUGCGUACAAUUUCAUCGUCGCCCAACUUCUCUGUAUUCCAAGCUUGUGGAAACUCGCCUUUGUCUAUAUUGCUAUUGGGAAUAUAUAUAUAUAUAUAUAUAUAUGAUUUUCAUUCUUUAAAUAUUUUGAAUGCAUGUAACUAUUUUCCAUGAUCAGUUAAUUUUACAUCCGAAAAAUAAAGGUUUCUGGGAAUUAAAGAUUGUUGAACUUCUAUGACCUUUGAUACAUGUUCGUUCUUCCUUUUAUGUAUAUAUGUAUUUUUUUGGGGAUCUCUUAAGGUAAGGGUGUGUAGAUAUAUUUCUUAUGUAUCUGUCCUUUUUGAACAUCUUCUUUUCUGGCACUUGAUUUAUUUAAGAGCCUUAAUCUUUCCAUUCUAAAUCUACAUAGAUUUGGGUGCCAUGUUUGAAGAACUCUGAAACAGCCCAGAAACCAUUGAAGAGCUCACGCUUGCACUGUUUGAAUCCUCCCCAUUAUUCAUACCUUUGCAAUUCCCUUGAGUGGCGACGGCUAUCGUUGAAUAAACUGAAAAGGCAGAUUUGCUGCUUAUAUAUAUCUAUCUAUCUAUCUUGGGUCAUUGCAAAAUGCCAACUUUAGCUGUGCCUGGCCUCCUUGGGUUCAGAAGACAAUUUGUUGAUUCAGAGAUGCAACUCAACAUUCCGAUGCAAAAUAGCAUAGCAACUCUACAAAAAGUUGCAGAUGGUCUUAUCACGCAAAUGCAAAUGCAAAUGCACCCCAUCAUCCCUGGGUUGCCCGACGAUGUGGCAAAGACCUGCCUUGCACUUGUUCCUCGGUGUGACAUUCCCGUUAUGGGUGCAGUCUGCAAGACAUGGAGGUCAUUUAUCCAAAGCAAGGAGUUCCUUACCGUGAGGAAGGAUGCCAAGCAGGUCGAAGAGUGGCUUUUCAUCUUAACCGGGGAUGCACAAGGGAGAGAGAGCCAUUGGGAGGUCUGGGGAGGCUCAGGAGAGAAACUCAAGGUGCUCCUGCCGAUGCCUGGCCCUGCGAAGGCUGGGUUUGGCGUUGCAGUUCUGGAUGCGAAGCUCAUUAUCGUCGGUGGAUAUGUUGUCGAUGCUGGAACCAAAUGUGUCUCAAAUGAUGUUUAUCAGUAUGAUUCUCGUCUUAACAGAUGGAGUUUGCUAGCGAAGAUGAGCGUCGCUCGCCAUGACUUCGCCUGUGAUGUGGUCAAUGGUCUAAUAUACGCUGUCGGGGGGUUGGGACCCAAUGGCGAAAACUUAUCUAGCGUCGAAGUUUACGACCCAGACAAAAAUCAGUGGACCUUAAUCGAAAGCCUUCGCCGCCCGAGGUGGGGUUGCUUCGCUUGCAGCUUUGAUGGUUUGCUUUACGUCAUGGGUGGCCGCUCUAGCUUCACGAUCGGCAAUUCCAGGUUUGUGGAUGUGUACAGCCCGCAACGCCACUCAUGGCAUGGCAUGAAGAUUGGUUGCGUGAUGGUCACUACCCAUGCCAUGCUAGGGAAGAAACUCUUUUGUAUGGGGUGGAGAAAUCAGCGGAAGCUGUCUAUAUUUGAUCCGGUCGAAAAUUCAUGGCACGAUGUCCCGGUUCCAGUUUCUGGGAGCUCUGCGAUCGGGUUUUGCUUCGGCAUAUUUGGUGGGAAAUUGUUGCUUUUCUCUGUCAAGAACGAACCAGGGUAUCGUACACUGUCGUAUGAUCCGGAUGCUCCAGUAGGAUCAGAAUGGCAGAUUUCUUCGUUUAAGCCUUGGGGGGGCGUUUGCUUGUGCAGUGUGACGAUCGAAGCAUAAAAGGAUUUUUUGUUGAGCUAUAUAUUAUAUUGACCAUCCCAUCCCAUCCCAUCCGUCUACGAAGUUGCAGGAGUUUCUCGAUCAUUUUACUUGUGAUUUGUUGUUGACUUGCGGUGGAAGUUAGUACAUUAGAUUGACUUGAUUUGAUUGUUGCUAUUCACAGCUAGAUUUCUUUCUUUUGAUAUGUCACUAAUCAUUGUUGUUAGCUUAAUUGUGUAAUCUUACGACUAUUUAUGAAAGGUGGAGAUGUAUAUGUGUGAUGA